AUGAAGUAAUUAUAUACGAAAUUUAGGACUCAUUGCAAUCAUAUGCAAUCUUUCAUUCAUUGGGAGAGCUAAAAAUGCAUAAAUAACUUUAAUAAACUAAAUUUUAUUAUUUGGUCGUUAUUUAAAUAAUCCAUAAAAAACCUUAGUAGUAAUUAGUCAGAGUACGCAACAUUAUAUAAUUUUGUUGUUUGA